AGAACUGUUUGUUGCCAAUAUGCUCUAGAGCAGUUCUGCUUAAAAGCUUCACUCACGGUUUGAUUGAUUACGAGAUUAAUUAACAAUUCUUCCGAAAGGUUCCUUCACUCUCACAAUUUGCCUAUUCUAUUAACACGCGUUAUUAUCCAGGUAUCUAGUUUAUUAAUCAUGAUUCAUCAUGAUAUCAACACGUGAGGCUUUUUUAUCUCUCGGUUAUGUAUUUGUACUUGAGAGAAUGAUGUAACCUUACCUUACUGAUCAGAUGUUCAACGCGUUGACCGAAAUGAAGGUUAGAACGGUAGUGCCACUUGUACACACAACACUUGGAGGACUACACGUUAUUUUUUGGAGUUCCAUAGUGAAAUAAAGUUUAGAUAAUUGAUAAUUAGUUAUAUUUGAGGAUAAUGGGGAGGAAGAUUCCGGGCAAAAAACACAGGGGAGUGAAGGAUCCGGAGAAACAACGAGCACAGCGAUGGGCUGAAAUAAAGACAAAAGUAAAUGAUCCACCCAAAGACGACGAGCAAAUAAUCCCCAAGAGUCUCCAGAGAGUAAUUAAACUGAAGGAUGACGUGAAGAGUGGACGAAUAGGAGUUGCAAAGAGGAAAAAAUCACAAAAAGUAAAAGACAAAUUAAUUAAAAUAGGGGGAGGUAGUGCGUCAACAAACCAUCCCAAAGGGAGACCCGAAAAAGCUGUGCCCGUGUUCAAUCAGAUGCCAAAUGAAAGGCCUUAUCAAUUUCUUAAUAGAGUCAAACGAGAAACUCAGAAUUUCAUCAACGAAACUGUGUUUGAAAAAAAGUACGGCGUUCAAGUCAAGCGGAACGUUGAGACAGGAACGAUUGAGGGUUUGGAAAAGGCUCCUAAGGACGAAAUUGACGAGUUAAUGAAACUCCAGAAGAAACAUAAGAACAUUGGAAAGAAAAAGAAGAAAACGACUGAAAUAAAAUUGUCCAAGAGUCAAAAACGAAUGAAAAAAUUAGAACUGAAGAAGGCGUCCAAGUUGCAGGAGAAUAUUGAUGAGUUUAAACAAUUUAGGGAGGAUAUUAAAUUCGGGGACAUUGUGCAUGCACCACCUGAUCUGAAAAUCAAACCUGCCAGGAUUGAGAAGCUUAAAACAAAGCCUGGAAGACCUGAUUUACUUCUGAACUCUCUUUUAAAUAAAUCUCCAACUCCGAGAGCGACUGUAAUCGACAGGACUGGAAAACGAAAGAAUCUCCCAUCGGCGGAACGGAGAAUCCUGGAGAAGCAACAGAGUGACAUCGUCAAUGCCUAUAGGCUAAUGAAAGCUAAAAAAUCAUUAAAUCAAGAUUUAGACUAAAAGAAGAGUAUUUUUACAAUGAAUCACACGAUCCAGACUCCCACCUCUCCUUGACCACCAAUCUCCCUGCCAGAAACCAGGUUCUGCCCCGAAUAAUGGACCGGGUGUGACUGAAAAACAAGUGCUGACAUCUAUAGUACAAGUGCCGCCAUCUUGCGUGACAAAGAUGGAGGACAGAGCGUUAGUGAAUUGUGUUGUGCGGUCGCGAGUGUUUCAGUGAAAAGUAAAUUGUCGGUGGAGAUAAUGAGUGUUGGUGAAAUAUGUUAAUGCGAGUGAUUUUGUGGGUUUUGUGCUUUCUUCGAUUUUAUGGGAUGUGUCCACAUGUGUUCGUGGUUGUUAUUGAACAUGCCACAAAGGAGGAUAACCUGUUGUGCUGGGCGCGAGUCAUUACCGAUUUCAAUGGUACAGAAUGCCGACUCAACCUCAAAACUAACAACAGUGUGGAAUUAAUAGUGUGAUAAAAAUGAGCAUACAGUAAUAUAAUUAACUCAGAAGUUUAACGCCAUGUAAUACGUUUAAUUGCCCAUUAAAAAAAUGGAGGAGGACACGCGGUCGCCGUGGAGUUGCAUGGAUCAACCAUGUAUUCCA